AUCGCGUUCUUCACGUUCUUCCAUCCCAUUCCUUGGCUGUGUUGUUCUGAAGAGAGAGUCAAAACUUGAAGGGCUUUUGAGGGCAGUGGAAGCUCUUCCGUGAACUGGACAAGCCGAAGCAUUCGAUCUACAAGCAUCCCCCAUGGCCUCGGCAGCAGGAUCAUCUACAGCAGUGCAAGCCGGCCGCUCAGGCCCUUCGCACACGAACCAAGGGCUUUCAACUACCGAUGAAAUCGUUACGCAGAUCAGGACCACCGACAACGUUGCGGAUCUCAACCUGCGGUUGAAGAACGUAGCCUCAGCGAAGGACGUCCGCCAGACAUUCCUCUCGGGUUUGCUCUCAAGCGGGCAGGAUCCCCUCGAGACUCUUGAGUUGCCGCGGCACACGCUUGGAUAUCUUUACAUACUAUCUGCACGAUUGCAAGCGACUACAGUGCCAAAGCCCGCUUUGACCGUGAUCCAGGAGUUCUGUAGUUUAUUCGACCCUCCGCAAGCAAGACUCGCUCCAGAUCAAGUCACCGCUCUAGCCAACGGCAUCGUACAAGUGUCACAAGAGGCAGAUAAUCUCAAAGUCGCGCUCAGCCCUCUGUAUAAACUCGUUACCCGAUAUCCACCAUCGCUAUCGCAUCUCACGACGUUGCAUCGCAUGUUCGUCAUGACAUGCGUCGGCACACAACACUUCAGCGCCGCUCUGCCCGUGCUAUCGGUGCCGAUCACCAACAUCGAUUUGACCAUCUCCGACUUGACCUACAACGACAACCUCAUUUAUCACUACGCCGGUGGAGUGGCGUUCGGUGCGCUCAAGCGCUGGCGAGAAGCGGAGGAGUUCUUCGAGAUCUGCGCCAGCUCGCCCGCCCAGGUGCCGGCGGCGAUUCAACUAGAGGCGUCUAAGAAGUUGGUGCUCGUGCAGUUGAUCUUGUACGGACAGACCGUACCGCCUCCGCGAUACACCAACCCAAAUCUCACGCGUCUGCUCAAAAACUCACCGUACGGGAAGUAUAUCAAAGCGUAUCCUCUGCCACGAUCGGCUCUCUAUGCUGCUAUCGAGAAGGACAACGAGUUGUUCACCAACGAGAAGAACCUGGGACUUAUUCACCAGACCAUCGAUCGUGCCCCGCGCUGGUUGAUCAAGAAAUUGAUCUCUACUUACCUCACACUCGGGCUCGCGGACAUUGCAAAGGAGGUAUCCAUCGAUAGUGAAGACGAAAUCCGCGACAUCAUCGUCAAUAUGAUCGAGAGCGGCGAGAUCAGCGCGAGCAUCUCGGCGGACGGCACAGUGACCUUUUUGGACCCUAUCCUGCAGAUCUCGAAGGCAGAAGUGGACAAGGUGCUCAAGCAGGCGCAGGAGCAGAGCAAGCUGCUGCUGGGACUCGAACGCGCUAUGAACUCAAACAAGGACUAUCUCACGAAGGCCGUGAAACACAAGGAUGAAGCAUGGGGGCCGGAUGAUGAUAUGUACAACGCUGGCGGCGGCGGUGGCUGGGUAGAGGAAAGCGUAAUGUAAGCUCGAUUGUGUGGCCCGUCUUGUCGUGUUGCAAAUGUUGUUACUAUCGUGAUAUCGCCCUCUUGCUGGCAGCCGGCGGAAACACCAGUGCCAUAGAGCCAUGCAGU